AUGAAGCCAAGACGCGUUGGAAUGGCGCGAGGUUACGAGGAGAUGGACGGAGCAAACGUUCCCCGACCACCCGGAUCAACGGGUCCGGUGGGGGGAGGCAGUUCCGGGGUAGACUCCACCACGUCGGUAGUGGGCGGGAAUCCCGGAUCCCCAACGACAGCACCCACCGGUGGAACGAUGUUGACCGGUGCGGCACCAGAGUUUGAGCUGGCAUCGGUCAGUGUCGUCCCGGACGAUACGUACACCGUGACCCAGGCAGUGAAUGCGCUCGGAUUUGGUUGGUUUCAAGUUAAGCUAUCGUUGUGUGUGGGAUUGUGUUGGAUGGCCGAUUCCAUGGAGAUGACCAUCUUGAGCGUGCUUGGUCCGGCACUGCACUGCGACUGGGGCAUCUCCCGAUAUCAGCAGGCCCUGGUGACGACGGUAGUCUUCCUCGGCAUGAUGCUUAGCUCCACCUUUUGGGGUCACCUGAGCGAUCGUUACGGCCGCAAACCGGCCUUAACACUGUGUGGAGUGCUGCUGUUCCUGUACGGAUUGCUCAGUUCCGUUGCGCCGAGCUUUGGCUGGUUGCUGCUGUUGCGUGGACUCGUCGGAUUUGCCAUCGGCUGUGUACCACAAUCUGUUACACUGUACGCUGAAUUCCUUCCCACAAAACAGCGUGCCAAAUGUGUCGUAUUACUUGAUUGUUUCUGGGCGCUUGGAGCAUGCUUCGAGGUGGCACUCGCGUUGGCUGUGACACCGACGCUUGGCUGGCGAUGGUUGCUCGGUUUAUCGGCCGCACCACUGUUUAUCUUCGCCAUAAUUACUCCCUGGCUUCCGGAAUCGGCUCGCUAUCACGUUACCAGCGGUCAAAGUGACAAAGCGCUGAACACACUGGAACAGAUCGCAAAGGAUAACCGGCGUCCGAUGCUGCUCGGCCGGCUGGUAGUGGAAGGUCCCAGUGGUUCGCGGGGGAGUUUGAAGGCACUGCUCGGCAGCUCGCUUCGACGCACCACGUUGCUGCUGUGGUUCAUCUGGAUGUCGUGUGCCUUCUGCUACUACGGAUUGGUGCUGAUGUCGACGGAACUGUUUGGCGGUAAGAACAAAACCAUCGCCGACGUUGGGAUGGCUGAUGAUGGAGUAACGAUCGACUGUCAACCGUUGGCCACCACGGACUAUAUGGAUCUACUGUGGACAACGCUAGCCGAGUUCCCGGGCAUAUUUGCGACGAUUUACGUGAUUGAAAAGUUUGGUCGCAAGAAAACGAUGGCGUUGCAGUUUCUCUUCUACGCCGGAUGUGUGCUUUUGAUCACCGUUACGGAAGUACGAGUCUUUUUGACAAUCAUCUUAUUUAUGGCUCGGGGAGUCAUUGCCGGUCUGUUCCAGGCGGCGUACGUUUACACACCGGAAGUCUAUCCGACUGCGCUGCGAUCGGUCGGAGUUGGCGGCUGUUCGGCGCUAGCACGUCUCGGUGCGAUGGCAACACCGUACAUUGCACAGGUGCUGUUUCAGUCGUCGAUCUGGAGCGCUGUGACCGUGUACGGCAUAUUCGCCGCAUGUGCCAGUGUUGCCUGUAUGCUAUUGCCGUACGAAACGCGUGGUGCUGACUUGGCGCACUGA